AUGCGAGUGUUUGUGUCAGGCGAUGGUGGAGUUGACGACUUGGCUGCCUUGACCAUGACCGUGGCGGCGAUGAUGGCAGGGAGCAUCGAGAUCGUUGGAGUGGCUGUGACAGGAGGAAACUGCUUUCUUGAUGCUGGUGUACAAGCUUCCAGAAAGAUCCUUGACCUUGCAGGGUUGGAUGGCAAGGUCCAAGUAUCGACCUGCGAUGCGGAGGGAGUGAAUCCCUUCCCCCGUUCUUGGAGGAGCGCUUCCUAUGGCAUCUGUCAUAUCCCCAGGCUCUUGAGGGAUGGACGGCCACGCACUGAAUUACUACAAACUCCAGCCCACAUCCACCUGGCUGAAUGCUGCAUGAAAAGCAAUACGCCUAUAACCGUCCUAGAAACAGGGCCCUUGACGUGCAUGGCAAGGGCCCUUCAUGCCUUCCCUGAACUGGCAAAGCCGGACAGAAUCAGCCAGCUAGUUUGGAUGGGCGGAGCUAUUGACGUUGAAGGGAAUGUACACAGAGAGGGAACGGACGGCUCAGCGGAGUGGAACGUGUAUUGGGAUCCGCUAUCAGCGAAGAAAGUGAUCGAUGCAGGACCAAAACUUCGUAUUUGUCCGCUCGAUGUUUGCAAUCAAGCUCCCAUCACAACCAAGUUCCUGGUUGACUUGUACGGGGUUGCGGUGCAGCCCUCGGGUGCACUGAAAGUUGCGCAGGUCUAUGCGGACCAAGCCUUUCGCCCCUGA